UCAGUCCGCCCUUUCCCAUGCUACGGGAACGCGCCUGAAACAACAACGGGAAACAGACCAUCAUCCUUCCCAGCGCUGAGCUAAUCAACCGCAACAGGCAGGAGAUGGCACCAAUUUCGCUAUUCUGAACACAAUAGAAUUGCUUUAACCAAAGGAAGAUCUGGGUUGACCACGUGACAUCACUUCCUGUCCCGACAGUCAUGACCUGCAGGGACAUCCAUGCCACCAAUGCCUUCUCCUUCAUCGUUGCCAUAGUUUCGGUGGGAGGCAUUGCCGUGGCAACCGUGAUACCGCAGUGGCGUGUGACGAGACUGAUCACGUUUAACAAAAACGCCAAAAACAUCAGCGUGUACGACGGCCUGUGGGCCAAGUGUGUCAAACAAGAUGGCUACUCCGGAUGUUACUUCUAUGAUUCAGAGUGGUAUUCCAAAGUGGACCAGCUGGACCUGAGGCUGCUGCAGUUCUGCCUGCCCGCAGGCCUGCUGCUCGGCUCGGUGGCUCUGCUGUUGUGCCUGGCAGGGAUGUGUAAGACCUGCUGCUGCUCAGACAAGCCUGAGGCAGACAUCAAGACCAGCCGCUGCCUGGUCAACAGUGCGGGCUGCCACCUGGUGGCCGGAAUGUUCCUGUUCCUGGGCGGAGCAAUCGCUCUGGCGCCCUCGGUGUGGUUCCUGUUCCGCACCAAGGAGAUGAACGUUAAGUACGACACCAUAUUCUCCGACGGCUUUGCCGUCUACGUUUCCAUCGGCUGCUCAGGCGGACUAAUGCUCGCCGCCCUGCUGAUGUUCAUGUGGUACUGCAUGUGUAAGAAGCUGCCUUCCCCCUUCUGGUUGCCUUUACCCACCAUGCCCACCUCUCUGUCUGCCCAGCCCCUCACUGCCAACGGGUACCCCCCCUCCCCAGUCUACGGCCCCCAGGCGCCCUUCCCUCCCCAGGGCUAUGCCCCCACCGUCAUCGACGCCCAGCCCUACGGCCCCCUGCAGGCCUACCCCCAGACCAUGGCUCCCCCCGCACAGCCCCAGGUCUACCUGUCCCAGAUCUCCGCCCCUGAUGGCUAUGGGUCGGAGGUGGGGGGGAACCAGGCCUACAGCUAUGCUCCAUCCCAGACAUACGCCCCCUCACAGGGCUACGCCCCCUCACAGGGCUACGCACCCUCACAGGGCUACGCACCCAGCUACGCCGGCCACCGCUUUUCCAGCCGCUCACGCAUGUCCGGCAUCGAGAUAGACAUCCCCCUGCUCACUCAGUGAGAUAGACAUCCCCCUGCUCACUCAGUGAGAUAGACAUCCCCCUGCUCACUCAGUGAGAUAGACAUCCCCCUGCUCACUCAGUGAGAAGUUUCUAGAUAUAUAUUUAUAUAUUAUAUACAGUCCCUGUCCUUAUCCUCGGUCUCUCUCUCAGUGUUCAUGCAUCUGCUAAGAGCUGACAGGGGAAUAGUAAGAUCACCCUGCAGGAGUUCAGCUGGAGCUGUCUGUCUCUGGUCACUUCCGCAGUCUGAAAGUGAAGUGCCAUAUGUUUGAAGCACUACUGUAGGAAGUGUCAACACUAGACAAGUUUGUGUGUGAGUGAUGUCACAAGCCUUCACAACACUAAAAUGGUGUAAAAAUGCCACUGUGACACCGUUUAUUUUCAUUUGUUUCUGUUUAGACAAAUCAUCCUUAUAAUACUAGAACAUGUAAAGCCUUCAUCCUGCUGGAUGACACUAGAACACCCUUUAACCUCAACUCACAAGAUAUAGUAUACAUUUACUGAUUUUUACUCAAUGAAUUUACUUGAUUGGUGACCCAGAAGGGACCCUGUCUAACUGCCUAACGUGUGCCUGUGUCCCAUGCCUUUGUGUUCAAUGAAGUUUUGUUUAUUAAUUUGUACUUUUUUAAUUCCAAACAGCCAUUGAACAUAUUGUAACUGAUCCUGUGUAUACUGCACUAAAUUAUUUAAUGAGAAUGAAAACUACAAACUGUUUACAUUAAGAGAGAUGUAGUCUAGUCCGUCUGGCUCUGUGUAGUGUUUUUGAACUUUCAGUCCCUGAACAGCUCUGGAUCACUCAUCACGUCUGCCUGUCUGUCUGUCUGUUUCUUUUUUUUACAAAAUAAUAAAACUUGGAUUAAACUCUUC